AUGGACCCUCCGAAAGAAGGUUCCGGUGAGACCGGAAUCUCUGCCUCCGGGAAGCGUUUAAUGAAGGUUAAGCAAGAAAUCGGUGAGAAAAUGAAAAGAGACAAGAAGGAAGUCAAGGACUCAAUUGCGGGGAGGGUCUCCAAGCGGGUGAAGAAGAAGGAAGUUUCUGGCGGGAGUACCUCUCUGGGCCCUCACUCGCCUUCCUCACUAAAGAUUCAAGAAGUCGUUAACCUCAUGGUUCAAGCCCAUGGCCAAAAGGAGUUGGCCAAGGUUUGUUCCUCCGAUGAAACUCCUGAAACCGCCCCGGAAGGUUGGUUCUGCAUUCACGAGAAGUAUAUCUCGAAAUGCCACCUUCGGUUCCCACUUCCAGAUCUCCUGUUAGAUCUUCUUGAUCAUUACCAACUAGCCCUUUCUCAGCUUUGUCCCUCAGCCAUCCGGGUGAUAAAUGGUUUCAUCACCAGGGCUAAGGAGGAGGGGAUCGUUGUUGGACUGACCGAGCUAAUGAGCCUUUACACGAUCAAGGAGAGCUCUAACAAAGAUGGUGGUAGCGGUACCUACUAUCUUCCUUGUCGUCCUAGGCUUGGUCUUUUCAAGUCUUCCGGUAGUGAUGACGAUUGGAGGAAGAAAUAUUUCUAUGUCAAGAUCGACCCCACGACGAUCCCCGUGGGUCGUGCUCUCUCUGUUGUUUGGUCCGAUAUAUCUGAUACUGAGGAUCCUCCUAAGCUUACUGAGAAGCUGGCUAGGGCUCUUUUCCGGAAGCUAAAUCAAAGCUCCAAUACCUGGGCAUCUUUUGCCUCCUCUCGUAUUGAAUCAGCUAGGUUCCCGGAUCGGUACAACGCCAGGUUCCCUGACCCGAUUCCUGCUGAAGAUUUAGAAGUUUCUGAAGGUCCUUUCGUGGUAGAUCUUUCGACCGGAGCUAGUACUUCCGAAACUGAAAAGACUCAAGCUCCUAAGAUGAGGCCUUCUUUCCGUUCCAGGAACAAGCCUGCUGCAGCUGCCAGCGCUUCGCGAGGCAGCGAUAAGACCCAAGGAGGUGCCUUCCUCAGCUCAUUGAAGGAGGUCCUUGAUGACGGGACCUCUGUCCCUGCUAAGGAUGUUAACCCAGUUGAGCCCAGAGCUCAAGAUGUUGUUCCCCGUCCUGAGGUUCCGACAGUUGAAGCUAACCCCCAAGCUGCUAGAGACCCUCACGAGGUCGAACUUCCGAGAAACAAGAGGUCUCGGACCGAUUUGGGAGAUAGACCCGCCAGAUCCUCCUCCUCGUCUUCGCGGGGAGGGACCGUGGGUUGGAACUUCUCCCAUUCUAAGCCGGGAUCGAUAUUGGAUGAUCCUUGGGGUUUGGCAACCAUCAUGAGGCAUAUGAAGAUGGUAGGAUGCUCCAUGCCUUCGAUCAAUGGUAUGACCAACAAGGAAGAGUACGUUGAGAUAGCUCACCACGUGGGUCAGCUAGCUGGAGCCAUCAACAGGGCUCAGCUGAGGUUUGAAGAGACCGUGCAUGGUGCUCCUAGCGCUGAAGACUUAGCUCAGGCUACUGAGUUGUUCAAGACUACCAAGACGGAGCUCGACCUGGCUCGUGCUCGAGUUGCUGAGCUUGAAGCUGAGGCCGGGAGGCUCGGUUUGAAGGCUGAUACUCAACAAGGGAAGAUCGAAAGUCAGGCCAUCGAUAUUCGGGUUAGUCAACAGAACAAAGAGGCUGAAGUUAGACUAGCUGUCAGGAAAGGUAAGAAGGAGGUGGCUGAAGCCUACAACAAGAUCCUGACCUCUGUGAAGGAGAAGUUUGUCAAGAAAAAGGAAGAGACUGACGCUCUGAUCUAUGCUCAGGAGCUUCAGGCAAACACCGAACUUCUGAAGGAUUUAUUGUCUAAAGAGAUUGAGAAUGCUGAGGAGGAGUAUCAUCGUUUGAUGAUUUUGAUCCCGGAUGCUGGUGUUGCAUACGAGAAGGCUCAAGUUUCUGAUUUCUCAGUUAGCAAGCUCCCCAUUCCUCAAUUCUCCGAGAGCUCAGGUACUUUCGAGAUCAAUAUGUUUAAUCCGACGUUUUCUGGAGAAUAUGGUUCUAACUUGGGUUCGGUCUCUCCUGAUUUAGUUCCCGUUGAGACGACCCCGGGAGGUGACGACCAGGAUGUUGAAGAAGAGGUUCCUGUUAAGGAGGGUGAUCCUAUCGAGGAGGAUAAGGAUGAUGAAGCUGAUCCUGGAUCCAAGGAAGGUUAA